GAGCCCACCCUUUAAUGAUGCCGACUGCAGUGUGUAUAAUAGCAGCGAGGGCAGCUCCGGGAGUCUAGGAGGAGCUGCAGCAAGGUCGACAACAGCAUCCCACACCGAACGAGGGAAAGACCGGGCUGGACGGGAUUUAGUCAAGUGGCCGAGCAAGUGAAAGUUACCGGGAGUAUUUUGGGGGAUUUACUUCCGCGGAAGAAGGAGGUAGAGAGUGGAUAAAAGUUUCCUGCCCUGUAGCCUCAUGUAACAAGGCAGCUAGCGAGCUAGUACCGCUGUCGGCGCGUCUCGGAGCAGGCAGAUCAGCGUGUUCUUCCCCGUUGUACGUGUGUCACCGGGCGACUCCCGGGCUUCCACACUUCCUCCAGUUAGUUUGUGGGCCACAACGUGUCUCCCCCUCCUCUCCCCCCUACUGUCUCCACGUUUUUUGUGUGUUUUUUGUGCCAUGUCAGCGCCAUCCUCAACACCCUCCGCCGCGGCAGAGAGCGCCGCGCCGGAACAUGAUUUUCUAGCCCCAGAUGCGGGGCCGAAGCCGCCCGGUCCGACGCCCAGCCAGAGCCGGUUCCAGGUGGACAUUGUGGCCGAGGCAGCGGGCGCCACCGAGGAUAAGUCCCCGAGCUCCGACGCCUCCACCACCGUCCCAUCCAGCGACUCGGCCACUCCCGCCGCCGCCCCUUCAGAUGGUCCGGGUGCGAAUCCUGGAGCCGGCGGCGGAGAGGAAGCCAAAGGCCGGUUUCGCGUGGUGAACUUCGCGGAUCCGAGCGGAGCGGAGAGCGGGGCCUCUCCGGAGGCGCCGGCCGAGGGGCUGCAGAACGGGGACACGGUGAUGAGCGAGACCAGCUUGCAUUCAUCCACGGGGGGCCAGCAUCACUACCACUACGACACCCACACCCACACAUAUUACAUGAGGACUUUUGGCCACAACACCAUCGAUGCAGUGCCCAACAUCGAUUUCUACCGGCAGACAGCAGCACCGCUGGGGGAGAAACUCAUCCGACCCACCCUGUCGGAGCUGCACGACGAGCUGGACAAGGAGCCCUUUGAGGAUGGGUUUGCCAACGGGGAUGAGCUCACCCCUCCAGAGGAGGCCGCUGCUAAGGAGGCAGCCGAGUCCAAAGGAGUGGUCAAGUUCGGCUGGGUUAAGGGGGUGCUGGUCCGCUGCAUGCUGAACAUUUGGGGUGUGAUGCUCUUCAUCCGCAUGUCAUGGAUCGUGGGUCAGGCUGGAAUUGCUCUGGCCUGUUUGAUCGUCGCCAUGGCCACCGUGGUGACAACCAUCACCGGCCUCUCCACAUCGGCCAUCGCCACCAACGGAUUCGUACGAGGAGGUGGAGCAUAUUACUUGAUUUCGAGGAGUCUUGGCCCAGAGUUCGGAGGUUCUAUUGGUCUGAUUUUUGCCUUUGCCAAUGCAGUGGCUGUAGCCAUGUAUGUGGUGGGCUUUGCCGAAACUGUCGUGGAACUUCUUGCCGGUGUAGAUGCCAUUAUGACCGAUGAACUCAACGAUAUCCGCAUCAUCGGCACCAUCACAGUUAUCCUUCUCCUGGGCAUCUCCGUGGCAGGAAUGGAAUGGGAGGCCAAGGCCCAGAUAUUCUUGCUCAUUGUCCUCAUCACAGCCAUCAUCAACUACUUCAUCGGAACUUUCAUUCCUGUCAAGGCGAAGGAAUCUUUGGGCUUCUUCGGCUACGACGGUGCAAUCAUGUGGGAAAACAUGGGCCCCGACUUCCGGGGCGAGACGUUCUUCUCUGUCUUCGCCAUCUUCUUCCCUGCCGCCACUGGUAUUCUGGCUGGAGCCAACAUUUCAGGAGACCUCGCUGACCCACAGCUGGCCAUUCCCAGAGGAACCCUGCUGGCCAUAUUGAUCACAGGAAUAGUCUACCUGGGUGUCGCUGUUUCGACAGGCUCCUGCAUCGUGAGAGACGCCACCGGGAACAUGAACGACACAGUCAGUUCUCAGUUCAUGAUGAACUGCACCGACGCAGCCUGCAAGUUCGGCUACGAUUUCUCCACAUGCAGGACCGAAAAAGACAGCUGCCGCCACGGCCUGCAGAACGACUUCCAGGUGAUGAGCAUGGUUUCUGGUUUUGGGCCACUUAUCACUGCUGGAAUCUUCUCUGCCACUCUGUCCUCAGCGCUGGCCUCCCUAGUCAGUGCACCUAAAGUUUUUCAGGCUUUAUGUAAGGACAACAUCUACCCCGGCCUGGGCAUGUUCGCCAAAGGCUACGGCAAGAACAACGAGCCCCUCCGAGGCUACAUCCUGACCUUCGGCAUCGCUCUGGCCUUCAUCCUCAUCGCUAAGUUGAACAUAAUUGCCCCCAUCAUCUCCAACUUCUUCUUGGCGUCCUACGCCUUGAUCAACUUUUCUGUGUUCCACGCCUCACUGGCUAACUCACCAGGAUGGCGUCCCAGCUUCAAAUACUACAACAUGUGGGUUUCACUCGCUGGAGCGAUACUGUGCUGCGUGGUGAUGUUCGUCAUCAACUGGUGGGCUGCUCUCAUGACCAACGUCAUCGUUCUGGGUCUUUUUAUCUACGUCAGCUACAAGAAGCCAGAUGUGAACUGGGGCUCGUCGACCCAGGCUCUGACCUACCACCAGGCCCUGACCCACACUCUGCACCUCAGCGGAGUUGAGGACCACAUCAAGAACUUCAGACCCCAGUGUUUGGUGAUGACUGGUUACCCCAACUCCCGUCCAGCUCUUCUGGAUCUGGUCCACUCCUUCACCAAGAACGUAGGCCUGAUGAUGUGUGGUCACAUUCGCACAGGCUACAGAAGGCCAAACUUCAAAGAACUGGCCACAGACCAGGCCCGGUACCAGCGUUGGCUACUGAAGAACGAGACCAAGGCCUUCUACUCACCGGUGUUCGCUGAGGACAUGAGGCAGGGUACACAGUACUUGCUCCAGGCGGCCGGCCUGGGUCGACUAAAGCCAAACACCCUGGUGCUGGGCUUCAAGAACGACUGGAGGGACGGAGACAUGAUGAAUGUGGAGACUUACAUCAGUAUGAUCCACGAUUCCUUUGACUUCCAGUUCGGUGCUGUCAUUCUGCGACUGAAAGAGGGACUGGAUGUGUCCCACAUCCAGGGACAAGAUGAGCUGCUGUCAUCCCAGGAGAAGUCCUCCGGGAUGAAAGAUGUGAUCGUGUCCAUAGAUACCAGCAAAGACUCUGACGCAGACUCCUCCAAGCUGUCGUCCAAGGCCACCAGCCUCCAGAACAGUCCGGCUAUGCAGAAAGAUGAUGAGGAGGACAGCAAAGCUACGACUCGGCCCCUGUUGAAAAAAGACAAGAAGAGCCCAACUCUCCCCCUGAAUGUGUCCGACCAGAGGCUGCUGGAGGCCAGCCAGCAGUUCCAGAAGAAACAAGGGAAGGGCACCGUGGAUGUCUGGUGGCUGUUUGACGACGGAGGUCUGACCCUGCUGAUCCCCUACCUGCUGACCAACAAGAAGAGGUGGAAGGACUGCAAGAUCCGCGUCUUCAUCGGAGGCAAGAUCAACAGGAUCGAUCACGACCGCCGAGCGAUGGCCACUCUGCUGAGCAAGUUUAGGAUAGACUUCUCAGACAUCAACGUGCUGGGAGACAUAAACACCAAGCCCAAGAAGGAGCACGUGUCGGCCUUCGAGGAGAUGAUCGAGCCGUAUCGGCUGAAGGAAGACGACAUGGAGCAGGAGGCGGCCGAGAGGCUGAAGGACAGCGAGCCCUGGAGGAUCACCGACAACGAGCUGGAGCUCUACCGCGCCAAGACUAAUCGUCAGAUCAGACUCAACGAGCUGCUGCAGGAGCAUUCCAGCACAGCCAACCUCAUCGUCAUGAGUCUGCCACUGGCCAGGAAGGGCGCGGUGUCCAGCGCUCUGUACAUGGCCUGGCUGGAGGUGUUGUCCAAGGACCUGCCUCCCAUCCUCCUGGUGCGCGGCAACCACCAGAGCGUCCUCACCUUCUACUCUUAAAUACACACGGGAGAACAGAAGUUUUUAAGUCUCACAUCCACUUCUGCCUCUGGGAGCAGACCACACACACACACACACACACACACACACACACACACACACACACACACACACACACACACACACACAUCCCAGCUCCAGUCCAGACCUAAGGUGCACUACAUACACUCCAGAGACGGUAGAAAACACAGCCACUGAUGGAAACAACGCUGGUAAUGUGAAUAAAGAUGAAGGAAGUGAUACUGGUUGAGAUGUGUAAAAGCCUUCAAGUGAUAGAGGAAUGUGGGGGGGGGUGGGGGGUUGUAAGGUUGCCCACUCUGCUCUUUUCUCUCUAUUUAUUCCAAGAUGUCCGGGUUUUUUUUCUCUUGUAGCUCUAGUUUCUUCUAAUUUCCUCAUGACAUUUUUUUCAUAUUUGUCAAAGUUGAUUGCUCUCAGGCUCCAAAGCAGUCGCGCACAAUGUUCUCAUUGUCGUUCUCACAAUCUGGAGUAUCUUGAUGUCAUACUCGUCACGUUAAUUGGACCAUUUUUUUGUUUGUGAUGCAGCAAUAAUCACCCUGUUGUUAUCCUUAAACUUUGGGAGAGAACCAUGCAGAAUGCUUUGCAACACUCUCUAAAGCCUUAUGGAUGUGCCUUCCAGUUGAAUCAGAUGAAAUAAUUAUAAUCUAUCCAGAUUGACAAUAUUACCUAUUAUAUUAGUGGAUACUAGUUAGUUUUAUUGAGUUUUAAAUGUGAUUCCUUCUUAGUUGGAGCAUUGUAUUUAUGCGAGUGGGUUGCAUGGAUUUAAUGAAGGGUGUCCACUUGGUUGCAUGAAGACUUUCUGUCAUUUCUCUUUCUUUCCCUUUUUACCCCCAAUCAACAUGUUUAUUUAUGGCCAUAGCAUUUUUUUUAAAUUCACCUUUUUAGUUUUCCUUUUAAAGCUGUUGAAUAUUUACGAUAGCCUCAGCUAUUCGACACAUGACGCAGUUUAAUCUUUUAGGCCCUGUGCCUAAAAAUGUUUUUAUGGGUCUUAAAUUUAAGAUCUUAUGUUUGUCAGAAAAGAUGUGAACGUAGUUUUUCCACUCGCCUCGGCAGGUGGAGAGACUAUGCCGAUUGACUAAAUGAAGUCUUUCUUUUAACAACUUCUGUGUUUCUGUGUCCACAUGUAUGGUUCUUCCCCUGAGAAAGACACUGCUCUACCCAAUAAGCUAGCUAAAACCUUGCCUUAACACUAGAACUAACGAUUGUCACGAGUUCCUUUUCUCUUAUAAGCCAUAGUGGCUGGACAGUCUGUGGGUAAAUGCAGAUAGCGACCUGCUGGUUACAUGUCAUGAGAAGUGUUUCAGCACAAUUGUUCUUCUUUACUGUAUAUGCAUCCUUAUUUUUUUCCCAUAGUCCACCUGCAUUAGUCUGUUACAUUGCUUUCUGUGUGCUGCCGGCGAAGCGGUCAAUCAACGGAUAGUAACGGCAGCACUUUGGUGCCACAGUAGACUUGUUGCUCGUUUGCCAUCCGCUGGUCUCCCGUUCCUACGAAGCCUGUGAUGGGCAGAGAGAGCGACCCACACACGAGCUUCACACUGGAAGACUUGCUGGCAGGAAGAAUGUGACUUUAGAAUGUGUCAUGGCUAAGUGAACAUAUACUUCUAUGCAUAUGAGCUUGUGUUGCGAAAGUACUUGUAAUAAAAGUCCAUGUCCAUGUGAACGGAUCUACUCGCCUCAGUUCAUGUCAGGCAGCGGCUUGUAGCCUUUUUGUGAGGGCGCCAUGGCUCCAAGAAAAGCCAUGUGUCGACCAUUUCCCUAUUUUAAAUAGGUCACAUGUAUCUCCCUGUUCUGCUCUGACGUCGUCGGCCCAAAUUAAAACUGGUUUCUGCUGUUACAAAACGACAACUUCCUUUUUUGGAGCGCCAUGAUGAAUUUAUUCCCAAGGUGCGUUCAGAAUGAAUGCAAAGUGAAAUUUAGAUGUCUCACCAUUGCCUUUUAAAAUUUGUGUAAAGGAGUACCAGAGCCUUAUACGGCGUCUUUAUGUCACUCUCCUCAGCCCGAAGUCCAAAUAUGGUCACUUCGACUAACUGGUUGCAAAAAAAACCAAGAUGGUGACGGCCAAAAUGCCAACCUCAAGGCUUCAAACCCCCUAGUCCACAAACCAAUGAACAAGGUCAAGACAACUUCGUCCACUUCUUAUAUAGUCUAUGGCAAAGAUGCAUAGGAGUGAAAAAAAAUGCAUGCUUAUUCCAAAGAGUUUCAAUUCAUAAAAAUAGAGACAAAUAAAAAUAAAAAAAACAAGUUGAGUCUUUAGAAAAUAAAGAAUGAACAGGAAGUUGAUGUUUUGCUCUGAAAUCAGAUUUCACAGCUAGCUCACACUGAAUGGCUGUGCAGUCACUAAAGACCAGUAAACAGAUAACUGAACCAGUUAAGCGAUAUAAUGUGUGUUUAACAAUUUGUUUUCAGUCUGAACACACCUUAAGUCACCUUCAGUGGGGCACACAUAAGUGUUUCAUAUGAGUGCAUUGCCCUGAAAAAUGAAUAAUUUCAUUUGAUUCUGGAUAACAUAAGUCUUUGGGUUAAUCAGGAAAAUGUUUUGCUAAAUGCAGUUUUUAAAAGAAAGAGAAAAUAACUGCACAGCUCAUUGUCGUUAGCAUAGAGUGGAACGGUUCCACCAUAUGCUAAUGACAGCAGCUAACUGGAGAGGAAACUCGGACCUAAACUGCAACACAAUUCAGAAGAUAAGCUCUAUCCUGGUUCUAGGUUAGAAACUGCCACAAAAUUUACGGAAUAAAACAGGGUUCUAUUUACUUCUAAUGUAGCAUGUAAUUUUAGCAUUUAGCUUGUUUCUUUCAUGUACUCUCUCCUUUACUGUAUGCAAAUCAAAAGAGAAGUGUGAACACAAUGCUUAGGUUAGCUGAAUGUACUGUAUAAUAUUGAACACUACCGCUCGGAGUUAUCAUUCUAAUCUCCUGUUUCUCAUCCUGUAUAUUUCCUGCAUCGGUUGCAGUAAGCGCCCAGAGGUACACCGUGUGUCGGCUUCAUUGUGCUGUUAGCCUUCAUGCAGCUGCAUCCCAUCAUCCCUCUGUGCUUCACCUGCAGAAUGUGUAGGCCGGGAAUAUGUCAUGCAUACAUACAUACGUAUGCAUGUGUGUGAUGGUUAGUAGUACUUAAACACUAACUAUAUGUCAUGCUCAUCAUUGUAUUGAAGACAGCCUUUAAUACUUUUCCAGGUAUGUGAAAAGCAUGUACUGGGUGAGGAACUCUAAACCUUUGAUUGAAGGCACAGUCAGAGACGACCCCUGCUUGAGUUAUAGCAUGCAAUAGCAUCCCCCAAAACAUCCUCACAGCUCACUGUUGGUGUUAGUAGAGGUCUUUGGAUCGGGGUUUUGACCGGAUUUAUAUCGGACUUGUGAAAAAACCCUUCUGAAGACCAGAGGAUACUUUAAUGUGGUCGCCCCAGACUGUCCAAUCAGAUCUAUUCGGGUAUUACACAUGUUGAUAAAACAGAUUGGGAUACUGCCCGACCCUAUUCGAAUUAAUCAAAUUAAAUUGUUUUGGCCCGUACAUGUAUCUGUGUAUGUGUUUUAAACUGUAAAAAUGAAAAAGUCAACACAUCUCUACCUCUGCUGCUUUGAUUUUGUCCAUUUUUGUAAAAUUUCUUACAAUUGGCCCGACUUUAUAAAAAAAGCAGCAUUAAAUCCCUGAAGGGCAACUCUGAUUGGCACAGUUGAGCGAUUGACCUUUGCCAAUAAUGCAUCAUUUCCGGUGCUACAAAAUGGUGAAGUCCAUUGAUCUCUUGUGUGGAAGUAAUUAAAACAAGAUUCUGACCUUUGGGGGCGCUAUUAUUCGCUAUGACAAAGUCCAGGAGUGUCUUUAACUCCAUUCAUUUCAGUCCUGCUGUGAAGCACUCACUCUCCCUUACUGUUACAUAGCAACAAUAUUACAAACAACACGGGUUACUCUAUAUUUGUACAUUAAAGAAUCUCUCUCUCUCUAUAUAUAUAUACAUAUACAUAUGCCUAUAUAUACACAUAUAAAUGUUUUAGCCUGCCCUGGAGGGAUUUUUGAUAUGUCAUUAAAUGAAACAAAAAGACCUCCUGUCCACAUUUUACAACCAAAUAAUAAGUGUUUGUGUGUGACUUCGUUUAUCUCCCGAUAGAUUUUGAAACCUGUCUGACGGUACUGCUGUUCUACUGAACAAACCCAAUGUGUCCUGUACUCAUAUUGUCAGCCACCAUGUCAUCAUUUGAUAUCUCCUGAUCAUCCGAUGUAUUUUUCUGCCAAAGCCCCCCCCUUCCCUCUCUGGUCCCUAUCAGUGGUGUGUCGAGCCAUGAUAUUGGAUGAUGUUGUUCACGCUGCGAGCAUUAACUAUCCUGUAAAUAAACUUCGUAGUCUAAUGGUAUAAACAAAGAGAAUGGAAUAAUUAUUUCAAAAUGGAGAAAGAUAUUUAUUUUAGUUCAGGAUUUUCUCCACAUUCUUUUUUUCUUUUUGCUAUAUAUUUGGUUUUGGUUGUAAGUUAAUUUGCAUGUUGAUUUCUUUUUCGUUUAUCAUUUUGUUGCCUUUUGAUUUUAGCAAAUUUUGUCUGUGUAUUUCUGUCUUUCAAUGCCUUUUGAAGAAAAGACAUCACUUAAAAAGAAAAAAGCAGAUCAAACCUGUUUUCACCUGCUUUCACACAAACAUGGAUGGAAUCGACCCAGCCGGUUGAAGCAGUAAUGUUUUGAUACACUGUACUGUUAACAGUCACAGCAAUGCUUUUUCUAACAUUUUAACAUUUAUGAUUACCAAUACUUUGUACAUCUUUUAUUGCAAUAAAUAAAUCAAAU